GGUAUAAGACCCUUUUUCUUCCUAGCCGUGUGAGUACUCUUUGAGCUGUCUGGGAUUCAGCACUCGCAAUGAAGUGGUUUGUCCGCUUCAUACGUCGCACGCCACGCACCCCGCUACCGCCGAAGCCGUACGUCGACACAGCCUCCACCGGGAAGCACAUGGUCGACCCACGCCUCUACGACCCGAAUGAUUUGCGUCACGUGGAUCCGGAGAGGCCGCACUGGCAAGACUCGCGCUUUGAGUCGCGCGAAAAGGUGCCCUUCUUCGAUGUCUUCGGUUACAAUCGAGACUGGAGUUGGACCAUCUUCAAGGUGUCAGGGUUGUUUUUUGUAGCGAUUUUCUACUGGGAGACCCGCACGCUCAUCUACAUGAAGGACGACCCGCUGAAGAUAUCGUCGACCACGAACGUAUCGCCUGUGCCGGAUUACGCGCGCGAUGAGCACGCGACGGAGGAGGAGUUGCGCGCUGCCGGGUUUGCGUACGUUGGAGUGAAAAAGCUCGACAAUCUCGGAAUCCCUUCGCCAGACCUCUCUGAUGGUGUAAGAAAGUGA